AUGGCAAAUGGUAUAAACUCGCCUCCAAAAACAAAUUCCCGUCACAAGACUAGUUGUAACAGAAAAAGAUUUCCACAGCAAACAGAAUGCUUUAAUUUCUCUAUGCCAAAAGUACGUGUAAAACGUAUGAACUUUACAGGCACAAAAUUCAUUCUGAAAACCAGUAGUAACAAUUUUACAACUCUCAACGACACAAAUCUUUUCGAGAAAAACGAGAAUGAAAAGUUAUCCCUUAAAGUUUCCAGCAGUGCAAAUGCUCCUGUUGAAAUAUCAGGCAGUUUGCAAAAUAAAAGUGAUGAAAAUUCGCAUGAAAUGAAUGAUAAGUGUGAAGGAUCUCCGAGAAUUAGUAUUAGUGUAAAAGAAGCAGAAAGUGAAUAUCUGACGCAUAAAAAUUCAUCUAAUAUCAGUCGAAAUCGUUCUCGACCUUCUAUUAUUAAAGAAGAUUUGAAAGGGAAGGCAUCUGGUCACUUACAGAGGCGUGGAAGACCGUUACAGUGUGAAUUCUGUUCUGGAAGAUAUAUGUCAAGGAAGGAUUUGAUUUUGCAUAUGACUAUACAUACUGCUAAAAAGUCAUAUUGA